CGCAGCAUCACACAACUCAAUAUAACGUCGUCACACACCACGUAAAACCAUAUACCCGCCCAGCCAGCCAGCCUUUCUCCUAUUUACUCUCCAUCCUACGACCGAAACCGUACGUUAGACUCUAAUUAAAUUGCCAAGUUACCUAUCUUUCUUCAUUGACAUGCGUGAAAUUGUCCAUCUCCAAGCUGGUCAGUGCGGCAACCAGAUCGGUGCGAAGUUCUGGGAAGUGAUCUCUGAUGAACAUGGCAUAGACCCCACCGGCACUUACCAUGGAGACUCCGACUUGCAGUUGGAGAGAAUCAACGUGUACUACAAUGAGGCCACAGGUGGCAAAUAUGUACCAAGAGCCGUACUCGUUGACUUGGAGCCAGGCACCAUGGACUCUGUCCGAUCUGGACCAUUUGGACAGAUCUUCAGACCAGACAACUUCGUUUUCGGACAGAGUGGAGCUGGAAACAACUGGGCAAAGGGUCACUACACAGAGGGCGCUGAGCUUGUUGACUCCGUUCUUGAUGUAGUACGCAAGGAGGCUGAGGGUUGUGACUGUCUGCAGGGUUUCCAACUUACCCACUCCCUUGGUGGAGGCACUGGUUCAGGCAUGGGAACACUCCUCAUCAGCAAGAUCCGUGAAGAGUACCCAGACCGCAUCAUGAUCACUUUCAGUGUUGUACCAUCACCCAAAGUAUCUGAUACUGUUGUAGAGCCGUACAAUGCCACUCUCUCUGUCCAUCAGCUUGUAGAAAACACAGAUGAGACCUUCUGCAUUGACAACGAGGCCCUUUAUGACAUUUGCUUUCGUACACUGAAGUUGACCACCCCAACAUACGGUGAUCUCAACCAUCUCGUGUCUGCCACCAUGAGUGGUGUUACCACUUGUCUAAGGUUCCCUGGCCAGCUUAAUGCUGAUCUCCGCAAGCUGGCUGUCAACAUGGUCCCCUUCCCCCGUCUCCACUUCUUCAUACCUGGCUUUGCUCCCCUGACCAGCAGAGGCAGCCAGCAGUACCGGGCAUUGACCGUUCCUGAGCUGACACAACAGAUGUUUGAUGCCAAGAACAUGAUGGCUGCAUGCGAUCCUCGUCAUGGUCGCUACCUCACAGUAGCUGCCAUCUUCCGUGGUCGCAUGUCCAUGAAGGAGGUUGAUGAGCAGAUGCUGAAUGUCCAGAACAAGAACAGCAGCUACUUCGUUGAAUGGAUCCCUAACAACGUGAAGACCGCCGUCUGUGACAUCCCACCACGUGGUCUUAAGAUGUCUGGUACCUUCAUCGGUAACAGCACCGCCAUCCAGGAGCUGUUCAAGCGCAUCUCUGAGCAGUUCACCGCUAUGUUCAGGCGUAAGGCUUUCUUGCAUUGGUACACUGGUGAGGGUAUGGAUGAGAUGGAGUUCACUGAGGCUGAGAGCAACAUGAACGACUUGGUGUCUGAGUACCAGCAGUACCAGGAUGCCACCGCUGAGGAGGAGGGAGAGUUUGACGAGGAGGAGGAAGAUCAAGAGGAGGCUUAGAGAAGCCUAAAAGUAGAAACUGCGUUCAAAAAUAUGCACCCAUUGAGAUUAACCAACAUUCCUGACUAAAAUCACUGACUAUAAUCACAAGAGAAGAAUUUGAGAUCAAUAAAUAAUCAAUUAUAAAAGAAGGACCCCGGUAGCUAAGACAAGAUUUAUCUUAAACUGCAAAUCACUUGCAGUCGCUUUUGCAAGCUGUGAUGUCACCAUACAAAUCAUUAUGGUAAUACUGACAACUCAUUUAAAAGAUAAAAGCAAACUGUGAUGUCGCAAUACAAUCACUAUGGUAAUACUGACAACUCGUCUUAAAAGUUAAUCUUUGUGUUUUGUGAAUUUGAGCCAAGGAAUCUAUUCUCUCAAUUUAUGAUAUUUGAUAAUAAGUCGUUAGGCUAGUUUAUAAUUAAAA